UUUCCCUCGGUAAGCUAUAUGACCUGCUUAAUUAUGUUUUCCUUUCUUCACAAUGGAUUUUAUGCAUCACAGACACGUUUACAUUGAUAUACUUGUCUCAUCACAGCAAGAAAAGCCAGCAGAGAUAAGCUUACAUAGCCAAGAGAUAAUGAAUAGUGCAAGUAGCAGCAGCUCAAGUGCAAAACAAGGAAGGACUCAUGAAAGGUCACCUCCAUCUCCACGUCCAGGUUUUCAUUCUCGGCAAGGCAGAUCUGCGAAGACAGAGGCACAUCCUAAUGCACUCAAGAAUAUCCAGAACUAUCCUCUCCUGCUAGCCUCUCUAACUGAAGCUGCCAGCCGUUUUGAACAGAACAGAUUGAGUCUGAAUCACAGGUCUCUUUCCACAAUGGACUUCAGAAAUCUGGAUACUGAGAAGAUAUCAAAACUCUUUGGCUUGGAGGAUCAGUAAUGCC